AUGCCCUCCCGGUACGCUAAUGUUGACGAAGGUGCCAUUGUCGAGAUCCCCAAUGAGCCAGCCGCUGGUGUCUCUUAUUUCACGCCGAAGCAAGAGCCACCUGCCGGCACAGCUGUUUCGCCAGCUCAUAGUAGCCCAAAUUUGCCGAAGCUGUUUGCACCAUUGCGAAUAAGAGGGCUUGAACUGCACAAUCGCAUUCUACUUUCCCCUCUCUGCCAGUACUCUGCUGAAGAUGGACACCACAAUGAUUGGCAUUUCGCUCACCUCGGUGGCUACUGCGGUCACACCCAAUGGCCGCAUCACCCGGAGGACUCUGGGCUCUGGAAAGAAUCCCAGGUUGAGCCACUGCGAAGGAUAGUGGAGUUUGCCCAUGGCCAGGGCCAGCGUAUUGGCAUUCAGCUGGCACAUGCCGGACGCAAAGCAAGCACUGUAGCACCCUGGUUGAGCAUGACCCGUGGCCCUGGUGCCUCCAUGAAAUCGGUCAAUGGUUUCGAGAACGAAGGUUUCGCACCGCGCCACGGCUGGCCAGACGAUGUGUCCGCUCCUAGCGCUAUCGCUUACAAGGACAAAAACCUUAUUCCGCGUGAGAUGUCUGAUAGCGAAAUCCAAUCUUUGGUAGAGGAAUGGGGCAAAGCAACUGAAAGAGCCGUGCGGGCAGGCUUUGACGCCAUCGAAAUCCACGGCGCUCAUGGAUACCUGAUCCACGAAUUCCUUUCACCGGUAUCGAACCAACGCACUGAUCACUAUGGAGGUAGCUUCCAGAAUAGGAUUCGGUUUGCGCUGCAGAUCGUGGAUGUCUCUCGGCAGAACAUGCCCGAGGGUAUGCCCCUGUUCUUCCGUGUCAGCGGAACCGAGUGGCUGGAGCACCUUGAGAGUGAGCCCAGUUGGGAUGUCGAUGAGACUAUCCGGUUUGCUAAAGUGCUAGCAAGUCGAGGCGUGGACGUUCUCGAUGUUUCCAGUGGAGGAAAUGAUCCAAGACAGAAGAUUAUCGGUGGACCUGGGUACCAGGCUCCAGCUGCUCUCCAAGUGAAGAAAGCCCUUGGCAACCGCCUUCUUGUGGGAACUGUUGGGGCGAUUACCUCAGCUGUUCAGGCAAAUGGCCUGUUGAACAGUGGUCUUGAUAUGGUCUUUGUAGGACGGCUGUUCCAAAAGAACCCCGGCCUGGUCUGGCAGUUUGCGGAGGAGCUUGAUGUCGACGUCAAGUCAGCAAAUCAGAUACAUUGGGGCUUUGCUGGACGUCGCCAAAAGAGAUGA